AUGGAUUCUGAUGCAUCAGCAGGUGACAGUCGGGACAAUUUCUGUACAGAAUUUGAUAACCAGGUUUACGAAGGAGGACUGGAUGCUGAGUUACGCACACAAAGCAAUAAUCCAUCGUCACAGAUGUAUAAAAACUCUUUUGAACCAUGCAAUUCCGAGGGAACAACUUCUAGGAGUUGUAGUCUGUCAUUUCGUCAAAAAGCAGAUAAUGGAGACACAUUUGUAAAAGAGGAAAUACGAGAAAAACAAUGCCCAAUAUGUUUUCUUGAAAUCGUGGAUGAAACUCGGACUGAUGCUUGCCGACAUCGUUUUUGUUUUUACUGCGCAUCGGAAUGGAUUAAAACCAAGGCAGAGUGUUGUAUCUGCAAAAGACCAAUUAAGAAGUUAUUUCACAACUUUUCUGGCGAUCCGUACUCGGAAAGAGAGAUUUUUGAUACUGUUACUACAGAAGAAAUACAGGCGGUUGGAAAACUUGAGGCGCUUCGUAGAGAUGCUUCUUCUCGCCCUAUGGAUAAUGAAAAAAAUGAGCUAAAUAUUCUGUUGAAGAAAUUACGGCGUAAUAAUCGAGAAAUUGAGAGUUAUUUUCGAAGAGGAAGAAGACGUGGCUUGAAGUUUUCUAAAGAUGAUCCAACGGAGGUGAACAGGCUUAUGAACAUAGAACUCAUUAAUCGUCUGACAGUGCUUAGAGAGAACUGGGAUCGUCCGCGUGGAGACAUUGUUGCUGACCCAACAUUUCGUAUACUUGUUUAUGAAAGAAUGUUGGUACGAGUGCCUUUGGUGACAGAUGAUGAAAGCGAAAGAGUGACUGUGACGCCCCGUUUUUUUGAGUUAGAAUGGAGGGAGCAAAAGCCACGAUUAUUUCCGUUCAUUCGGCGGGAGAUUGCAGCAAUGAUGAGCCCGAUGAGAAUGGGAGAUAAUGCACUGUCUGCAAUUUCUGAAAGAGUCUACCAGCUUAUGACUGUAUCACAAGUAAAUGAACCGCAGUUUACUGUAGCGCUAGCAAAUGAACUUGCUUGUUCUCGGUUCCGUGUCGACCAUUUUGCACACCGACUGGAAUAUAAUCGGCGAAGAGGAGUUGCUACUCAUUUUCAAACCAAUGAUGACAGUACCAAUGAUAUAGAAGUAGAAUUUGAGUCGUUACCUAAUGGGAAUUGUCGACCUUCCCGAUAUCCUGUAACAUAUCCUGCCUUCUUACCUAGUUUCCAACGCACCUUAAACUUCCGAAAUCGUAUGCUGGAGGCUAUUUCGCAGCAUAAUCCCUUCUCGAGUUUCCAGCUACAGAAAAUUGCUAGUACUUUACCAGUCUCAUUUUCCACUUUGGUUUCAGUAGGUGUCGGAGAUUUAGUAGCUCAGCUCGUUACGGAUAUGAUGGAUUUAGAGCUUGUUCCCGACUGGGAAAAACAGCAAUUUUUUAGGAUGCAAAAAAGGAUAGUUUUUUAA